AUGAGCAGCUAUCCACGCAGAAGCGCUCGCCUUUCAUCACAGCAUCUACAUCAAGAACACUUCCAGCAGAGGAGUGGCACUCUCUCCGCUCCUGCGUUUGCAAAUUCCUUCUCACAACCGUCGAGUGCCUCGACCAGUUCGCACCCCAGUCCUAUCAGUGACAGCAUGCAUCCCCCUCCGCCACCAUCGACCCCCCAACAACCUCAGAAUCGUCUCCAUCUCCAGCCGCUCUUCAUGCCCCAGCACCAGCAAGGCCAAUCGCACAUGAACGCGCCGAUGCCUUCGCCGUCGGCUGCAGAAAUGGGACCCUUUUUCGGACGGGCAUAUUCGCAGCCUAACCCGUAUGCGUCGCAACAACUACAAGGCCAGCAACCUUACGGUGGCCAACAACCACAGAUGAAUCAACAGGGCCAGCAACACCAUUUGCAUCCUCAUAGCAAUUCCAUGUCACAAGAUCAUCCGGCUCACGCGCAGGCCAUGAAUCCUGGACAGUUGCCACCUGAUUUCCUUGCCGAGGCAGCCAAACGCGCUCAGAUGGCGUGCUUGAUGCGGGAUAUUGGUGACAUCUCGCUCUGA